AUGACAUCCGCAACCCUCCUCACCCAGGAAGGACAGGCUCCUCGUAAAGUCUGGCUGGACUGCGAUCCGGGCCACGACGAUGCUAUCGCGCUCUUGCUCGCCCUCUACCUCGACCAGAUUCAGCUCGUUGGGAUCAGCUCGGUGAAUGGGAACGCUCCAUUAGUAUACACGCACGCCAACGCCGCACAACUGUUGGCUCUCUACCGGGCACCUAAAGAUCUGCCCUUACAUCGAGGCCUUGCGAAACCGCUCAAGAAAGAGUACAUCCACCCUCCAGUCAGCAUCCACGGUCAUUCCGGCCUCGAUGGAGUCCUCCACAUGCCCCCACUGGCACACCCUUCCGUCCGACAUUGGUACGACCAGUUCGAACCCUCAACAGACUCUUCCGACCUUGACAAGAACGAACCUCAGACCAAGGAGGGUGACGGGACGGCCGUCCCUGCACUUAUCGCCUACUUGGAAAACUCCGUACCUGAAGGAGAAAAGAUCACCGUGGUCAUAACCGGUCCUUGUACCAAUAUUGCCGCUGUGCGGCACCUCCGCCCUCAACUGUUUGAUACGAAAGUCGACAAGGUGGUCAUCAUGGGCGGAGCGUUCGAUAUCCCUCAAUGGACCCCGUACGCCGAGUUCAAUAUUGCCGUAGACCCGGAUGCGUUGGACGAGUUGUUGAAGAGUAGGAACGUCGGGGUCGUGUUGGUCCCGCUGAACGUGACGCACAAGGCGAUCUUUGAUAGGAAGACACAUGCGAGGUUGUUGGAUCCCUCGGUGACGGAUCUGAAAGAGGGGGACGAGCUACCCAAACCGGUCUCGCAGUUGAGAGAAUCCUUGAGCACGAUGUUGACCUUUUUCCGUGACGCAUAUGCGAACCAGUUUGGGUUCACGACCGGUCCUCCCCUGCACGACGCCUUGACAAUCAUCCACCUCACCCAUCCUCACCUCUUGAAAGGCCGUCGAGGCAAACUCACCGUGGAAAUCUCUAAAACGGAAAAAGACGGGGAGACCUCCUUUUCGCCAUCUUCGGAGGAAAAGUUCUCCAAUCUAGAUUUGGACUCGGGCGAAAAGGCCGUAGAGAGCCUCGUACUGGAAGACCUGGACGUCGAGGCGUUCUUCGAGGUCUUUUUGGAGGUUGUCGAGCGGGCCGACGAGGUCGUGGCCAAGGUGGAGAUGUAA